AGUUGUUUACAUCGCUUUGCAAGUUUUUGAUUAGAAGUUAGAACCAUUUCUGCUACAAUGGGGCUCAAAAAGUCUGCUACAUAUUCUGCGGAUAAAGAACGGAUUUCAUCGUAUGCAGAAAUCUUGACGGAAGCCGUUUCGGUUCUAUGGUUUGCGUGUCAAAUCUGCUUGAAAUUCGGGUUGCGAGUCCUUCCAGAAUGGCGUGCCAGCCGAUUAGACCCGGACAGCUAUAACGCCUUCGACUCCCUCAUCGAAUUGUCUGGGCUUAAGGUUAACGCGUGCUUCUGGGAUGAUGUCAUGGCAAUCUGGGUGCAACCGCACUCCGUCACAAUUUCCCGUGCGGCAUCCGCUGGGCUGGUGGUGGUCCCCGCUGCUGCGUCGAACAUUGUUCUCGCUUACAUGGCCACCGUGACGACCAUCCUCCUUACAGCCGUCCUCGGUGUCUCGCUCUUGUAUCUGGUAGCCGUUAACCGCGACAAGAUGGUCUACGCCCCGGAAGCCCAUCUGCUGCUUUGCCGUGGACUAGCGGCAUUACGUCGCCGCAAGUGGCACAAGAUUCUCGUCAAAAUUCCUCUGCCUAUCUAUAUAACUUCCUUGAUGAUUGCGGUGGCUACGGCAGUUGGCUCCGUUCUUUUCUAUGCUGUUUGGCUGGUUUUCGGCGCCUUGCCGGUGGUGCUACUGGCGUGGCUCUCGGUCGUGCUGGCCGUUGCGGUAUUUGGCCCGUCCGCGGUGCUCCCUGGCUGUAUCCUCUUCGCUAGCAUAAUGAUCAUCUAUUCCACCGGCCGAAUUUGGGGAUUGUGGAUGAAGGAGGCCUAUUACGUACUGUUUAAAAAGGGCAUCAGGAACUUGAUUGUUUCGAAAUCUACCAUGCAUUCGUCAUCCAUCGAUCAUUCAGUGGAAAAGCCGUUCAGAGGCACAGAAGUCAAGCAAUUGUACGAAAGCCGAAAAAGCGCACUUUACAAUAUGCUGGUCUUCUGUUUCGGCUGCUUUGCCGUGUACCAGAACGUAUGGCCAUUGUGUCUGCAAUUUCCCUCUGUCUGUCGGUGGCAACACAACAAGGAGAGCGCAAACUGGAGCUAUUGGACGCUUGUAAAUUCCACUUCAUGUAGUAAACACGGCACAGGCUUCAAUCAGGGGACAGCGAUGCUGUCCUACUGGAUAGAUCUGCAGUCUGAGGAACUGCGAUCGACGCGUGCCGCUAAUUCCGAGCUGCUGGCCAGCUUCACCCCGUCCUAUCCACCCCUCGUCAGCUGGAUGUUUCUGGCGUGGAGUGGAGCGCUGUCCGGCGCCAGUGGUUUACCCUAUACAGUGCUGCAGUACGUGGAGGCAAUCGUCAUCGGCCUGGUUGUCUUGCUCAUCGCGGGACUGCUCGUCCAUGACGGUGUCCGUGUCUGCUACAACACAUGGCGUCGGCGUGUCUUGGGCCCGCAAAUCAAGGAGACCGGCAACAGGGAUGAUUCGCUACUGAUACCUACUGACGUUUUGGAGGCGGAGACCGGAUUACUGGACAGCGCGCCAUCAGAUCGUGUGCCUGUAUUAGCGAACGUGACGAUGGAUGGCAUUGGUACUGGUCCCUCCGACCCGGUGCAGUGGGACCUCGGUGGCGACCAUGUUGUACCGGAAGCGGAGGACGAACACGGGACGCCGGUGUCUGUCGAGUGGGCACCCACGCCUCCGACGGCGAAAGAUGCAGACGUGGCAGAACCCCAUUGCCUAUGUGAAGCACUGGGCCUUACAUGGUUGUUAGUGUUGGCCGCCCAUUGCCCGUUAGCCUGCGGCGUGGUGCUCCCGUUCUCUGUGGUGGGACUGUUCUUGCCCGAAGAAUGCCAGCUGCCCGGUAUCCUGCUGCUGCUAACAGCCUAUACGGUGUGGAUCUACCGCAAGCUGGUGACGUUUGUGUGGCAAACGUGGUUCGCUAUGCAGUCCAUUCAAGCGAAAAUGAAAGAACCUUGCGAUGACUGUGGAGAUAAUCCGGUAAAGCCGCCAGCUGCGGAAUCAUCUGUAAUGGCAUAAUUCGGUUCGUUCCCGCCUGUUCGGUACUAAUGAGACUUCCGACAUGGGGCACGAUUAUUAUGGUCAUAAGGAUGGGUUAGUUUUACGUUUCGUAGUAAUGCAUUCGUGACUUUAUAGAUUUUGUUGCAUAUCGAUUAAAAAAAAUAAAUUUUGUACUCAACGUUUCUAACAAUUAAUACGAGAUUAUCCGGCAUUUUCGAUAGGGAAUUCUUUAGAGCUUUUCUCGUAUUCGUAAUAAUUGCGCCCUGUGUCAUGUGGCUCCGCCUGCAUCGUUCCGCGGUAUCCGGCAAUUUUUUAUCACCGAUUACUGUAAACUUGCUUGAACCAGGAUAGAAGAACCCUCCAGUUUCCCCUAUUUAGUGAUUUUUUUAAGAAUUCCGAACGUUGACUGAUAGUGAGAUUCGAAUACCGAAUAGAACACCUUGUCUCUGGUGUCCGGAACGCGAAUUUAUAUCGUGAAAUUGUCCGGAAUGCGAAAAACGGCGAAGUUUUUUGCUUUGACGCUAUGAAAGUCCCUGAUAGAGCAAGUUUACAAUAAAGAUCCGUAGAGUUUCGAAUGAGAGCAUCACCUCCUUGGCUAUCAUAUCGAUUACAAAGAACCUUCGUGCUGACUCCGGCUUUUCCCCUUCACGGGGUCCUCACCCCCGAUGCUUAGCUCCUCGCCCUGCAAGUUCACGCUAGCCGAUGACACCCGGCCGACGCGCUAUCUAAUCAUCCAUGCUUUCCCCGUAUAGCGCUCCUCCUGCCAAUCCCGGAAAGAAUAUUCCCGCGAAGCCGCAGCCGCUUUCAUAUCCGACAAACCCUAUAUGCAAUUUUGACAUGCAUCCAUUAUACGUAUUUUGUGGUUCAUCUGUCUGGACUUUAAUAUUUAGCGAGAAUGGGUAGUAACAGAGUCUCAUUAUCGUUUAAUUACUGUACGACGACCUUUUCUUCGGUCAUGCACUAAUGCUGAAAACGAUUUGUCGGAUGUGUUUGUCGAAGCGUGCGAACAUAUGGUACAAAAAAAUAAACAA